UUUGUAUAGUGAGUUUUCGUUUUCACUUUAAAUAAAAUGGCAGCUUCCGGGUUUUCUUUGGAAGCUGUCAAGAACUUUAUGAUUGAGAAUGACUGCAAGGUGACAAACCAUGAACUUGUUACGCAUUUUAAAAGUUAUCUAAAUGACCCCAUCGAAAAAUCCCAAAAGUUGAAUAGAGAAAAGUUCAAAGAGUUUGUGAAUACCUUGGCAGGGAUAAAAACAGAUGAGAGAGGAGAAAAAAUUCUUGUCUUAAAGAAAAAGUUCAAGCCAGGUCACAACAAUGCAGACUCAUUUUCACAAUUAGAAGCUGCGAGAGAUUCACGGGUUCAAGAUGAGAGUAGAGUCAGAGCUCAGACUGAGUCUAGUAGUACCCAUGGAGCGGAUCAGUCAGCUGAGAUGAACUCCAACCAUUUGUCGAAUGCUUCGUCAAUUUCAUCUGUAGCAUCAACACUCGCGCUACCACCUUUCCAGAAUUCAGGACCAGCUACAUCAGAAGAUGAUGUCAACGCCUCAGUUGUAAGUGUCAGAGAACGAGCCCAUCACUUGAAUAGAAUGGAAUCGGAGAGCGAGUUGCAGAAAAUGACAGAGGCUCAAUGCGUCAAAAGCCAGAGAAGUACAAAGGACAGAGAUGGUUACCCAGACGAAGAUUCCCAGUCAUCAGGAAGUUGCUUUAAUCUGGAUUCAGAAGAAAAAGAAUGGAUUGUAGCAAGCUCAUCUUCAGAUUACCAUCCAAUGCACAAAAUGCUGACCAAAAAUCCAAACCUUGUAAAUAUUAAGGAUUUUACAAGUGGCGUAAGUACAUUUUAUAUUUUUAUAUAAAUAAAUUAUAGUUUA